UAUAACAGGAGAGCCACAGCAAUAUAAAGUAAAUCAAAUUAAUUAUAACAACACUAGUGCUUUUUAUAAUGCACCUGAUAUUCCAAGUACUCAUGUAAAUUCUUGCAACGGCCCUAUGACUUAUAAUCCAAAUUAUAUAAACACUUGUCCACCAAAUCCAGUUUAUGGGCAAGAAUUUAGAUACGAACCAUCACAAACUGCUCAUCCUAAUCCAGGAGUUAUGUUUUUGGGUCCUCGUGGAACUAUUGGGACUAUGAAUUCUUGGAGUAACUCAACCAACAGCAGCAAUCGUUUAGUAUCUAGGCCACUGAACGGGAAUAAACCGUUAAGUGGUGGUGUAAAGAAACCGAAACGUAUUCGCACAGCAUUCACUAGUUCUCAAAUGAUGGAACUAGAAAACGAGUAUACAAGGAACAGAUAUCUAGACCGCAGCCGUCGCAUCGAACUGUCUGAGAUAUUGAAUUUAAACGAACGCACUAUUAAGAUUUGGUUCCAGAAUAGAAGGAUGAAGGAAAAGAAAGAUAGAGCUGAGAGUCUUGAGGACACUGAAGCCUCAAGCACUACAGAGCUACCCGAUCACCAAGAUUAUCCUGGACAGAUGAUCAUGUAUGGCCAAUAUCCCCAAAACUUAUACGGCAGAAGUAAUAUUUACAUUGAACAGUAUCCAGUAACAUCAACUCCUCUGACGAUGCCGACUAAUGAAGUCCAAUUAGUUAAUAGUAUUCCUGAAUCGGUUCUUAAUACAUAUCCCACGUAUAUGGUUGAGAAUAAUUCUGAUAUAGUCGAGAAUUUCGAUAUUAAAGAACCAGAAAUGAACGUGCAAAUGCAAGGGUAUAAUAACAAUAAAAUUGAAUUGAUCGAUUCCAAAGAAACGACCCAAGAUUCGGUGCCUCAGUCAGAGAGUAGUACAAACGACGCUGGUAAAGAUGGCUUUAAUGGUCCCAAUUGGGAUUUAUCUUGGAUCCGCAGCAUUCAUAUGGACGAAGAACUUUGAAAAUAUUACUUUGUAAUUUUAUAAGUUGCUAUUAUGUCUAAUUUAUGGCUAUUAUCUUA